CAUCAACCUUGUUAUCUAAAUAAUUUCGUAUAGAAAAUUUAGUAACAUUCUGACAUUAUUGGAUGUUCCAGUUCUAUACAUAUUUCAUAAUUUCUAAACUAAAAAGGUGGGAUACAGCGCAAAGGUGUGCAAUUUGUGAGAAUGGUGAUAUAUUUUUUAACUAAAACGAAAAGUUUAUAACAAAAUCAUUCAUUAAAUAUUUAUCACUUUUAGAUUUGCUGAUUUAUUAUAUUUUUGGAUAAUAUAAUGAUGAUAGGAUGCAAAUAAUGUUUAAACGAUUACUGAAUCGUACAAUAUGGAUUGCGGAUAUUUUUCCGAUGAACUGUUAGACUUACAAUGGAAUGACAUUUUGAAAAAAUAUCUUGAUAGUUUUUCCUGUCAGAAUAAGAAAUCUCAGCUAACGUUUGAUCAAAUUUUAAAACUUGUAUUUUCAACAGAUCAAGCGGACAAUGAAACGAAAUACGAAGACAAGGAGCUUUUCGAGAAAUGCGUCGCAGAAACUUUGUCCUUAUUAUCGGCCGCAACUGAACUUUUCAAACCGUCCAAAUUGCUAUUUAUACUCCAUAUGAUGAAGCACAUGCUGCGAGAUGAAACUUGUUUUAUCAAUUUAAAUAUGAAUGGAUCAUUAUAUAAUGCGUUGUAUAUGUGUCAAUUGCCUCCAAUUUCUACGAAUAAGUUAUUCAAAAUCUUGUUCGCUGAACUGAUUCGUUCAACUCUGCAUCAUCAAACUGGUAUCAAAUGGACUGUCGAGUCACAAUUUUGGAUGAACGUAUAUAACAAUUCCCUCGAAUUUCAAGAAGACAAGGAUAUAGCUGAACUUGGAUACAUAGUUUUAACAGAGCUUUUGGGAAAAAUUACAGAGAUAGAUGAGACAAUGUGCGAGGACAUUAUACGAAUCAUUAUAACACCUUUAAUCAAUGCAGAUAUUCAGUUGACUAUACCUAACACUUUUACGGCUCCAAGUAUGGUACGAUUAGAUAACAGACUGAAACCAUGUCUAUUAUGUUUGAUAAAUAUUUUAGAACGAUUGUUAGAAAAUAGCAGCGAAAAAGUUUUAAACAAGUUUAUAAAUUUAAAGGUAGGUGUAAUUAGUGAUCAAUUAUCGCAAAAAAUAACCGAAAAGCAAUUAUGUUUAGUCUUAGAGAGAAUAUGCAUUCUACUGUCUUUUUUUGGUUUGACUGAAAUUUUCGAUGGAAUCAAAUCAAUCAGCCAGGAUCCGCUGGUACUUAGCGGUUUUUUACGAAUAAUUGACCACGAAAUUCAAAAAGGCGAUUUAUCCAUAGCAAUUGAGCUAUACUAUUAUGGCAUCAAAUACACAAAAAGUAUGACUAACAAAUUGCCAAGGUAUACAAUGAAGGGCAAUAUUCUGGACAUCGAGAGCGAACUAUUAGCAUUACAAUUGGAACCUAUUAUAUUGGUGGCGGAAAAAUUGCAAAAUUUUUUCAACUCUCCUGAAAAAGUUGAGACAUUAAGAGUAUCUCAUUUGGCACAGUUGCUGAAAAGAUGCAGUUUGCAGUCUUUAAAAAUCGGAUUCAAAAUCAAGCAUUUGUUACCGACAUAUCCAACCGAAAUUUUUCCUCUAGCUUUAGAAGGAAUAGCGAAAACGAAAAACUUGUAUUCCCCUGGUAAUUUGGGAGCCAUUUUCGAAUGUUUGAUUUAUUCUUUCGACGAUCUUCUAAACUAUAUUAGAAUUAAUUGUGGAUGCUUAACCAUGACGCCUAACCAAGAAACCUAUGUCCGUACCUUAUUUUCCACCGUAUUGCUCUUUAUUGAAGACUUUGAUUUCAGCUGGGGCGAUGGGGUGAAGGCGUUAGAUUUACCACAAAUAAUGUAUGACUUUUUGUCGUCAUUUAGUUGGACGAACGACAUUAUUGUUAAAGGUUUAAUUCUAAUGGAGCAAUCAAUUUUAAAAAGGCUGUCACCUUGUAUGUCCUUGUUAAUAGAUACUCCAGAAAGCUUAAAAGAUAUUGGCCCAAUGUUAUACCGUAAAUGUUUCAUGAACGAUUGGGAAAUAAGAAAAGCCGUAUUAGAUGUCGUAUGUACUAUUGCUUAUAACGCGAAUAAAAUUUCAGGUUUUUCAUCUUUUAGAGAAGUUUUAACAGAAGCCUCGUUACCAAGUUUAGUUUCUACAAUGGCGUUAAAUGACGAAAAUCCGACGGUGAAAGCUACCGCUUUCAAAUGCCUCCAACAAAUGAUUAACAUAGAAGACAUGGAUCAUCCCCUAAGAACAAAAUAUUACAUAAAUAAAGUUUUAGAUACUAUUUCAAAAUAUAAUAAUCCAGCAGUUCAAAGUGAGGCUAUAAACUUUGUCGAUAAACUUUACUUCAAAGAGGAUGCUUUACCGAAAGAAAUGAUUGCUAGUAUAUAUACAUGUAUGGAGCAAACAGCCUUAUACUGCAACGAAGUAGAGGUGCAAAAAGCUGCUGUAACAUUUUGGGAAAACGUCGCCAGAAAAAUGUUUCGUAGUCAAGGAUGGAUGGACCAAAAAUUUCCUUCAGUAAUAUUUUCAAAAAAAGUGGUAGUCAUGACUAAAAAAGAAUGUCGUAUUAGAAUUCACAAAAUACUAACUGAACUAAGUCAUAAUGGAUGUUUGAACGUUUUUAGUUAUCUAUACGAAAGUGAAAAUGUUCAUCCGGAAAUAUUAGAAACUAUUUCAAAAUUUUUGGAAAAACUAAAUAUAAUUGUUUUUCAAAAAUAUGAUAUUACUCCUGAAUCCAUGAUGGUGUUAAAUUCAGCGUCUGAACAAAAUUGUAAUAGAACUAUUUUGCCAGAAACAGAUCUCGAAUCUGAUCACGUACUGGAGGAUGUUCUCAAUUCAACUAUGAUACCCAUGUUUUCAGAUGAUAUCAAUUUUUGUAGCAACGAGGACAUAUUUUCAGUAUUGGAAAAUUCAUCUUCUUUCCCAAAUAGACGAACAGCAGAAUACUACAAACAUCGAAACUCUCAAAUUAUCACACCUUCAGAAUUCGUGGCAUUUGUUAUAAGAAAAAUGUCUACAGAUGUACAGAAUGACAGCGCAUCUUCAGAAAGUGGUUCAUUACCGAAGAGUAACGACCUUUAUAAUAUUAUAGAUUAUUAGAAUAAUAACGUUUUUAAUAAAAUUGGGUUUUAAUUAGA